GGCCUCCCUCCCUCCCCUUGCCGGCUGCGGCUGCCUUCCGCACGCGGGUGCUGGUUGAGGAGGGCAGAGCCGGCUCCAAGCCGCCUGCCGCCUUACCGGCGAAGAGCUCUUAGGCGAGGAUGAAGUGUCACUACGAAGUGCUGGGCGUGAAGCGCGACGCGGGCGAGGAAGAGCUGAAGCGAACCUACCGGAGGCUGGCACUGCGUUGGCACCCAGACAAGAACCUAGAAAAUGCCGAAGAGGCUGCAGAACAGUUCAAACUGAUCCAAGCGGCAUACGAUGUGCUAAGUGAUCCUCAAGAAAGGGCCUGGUAUGACAAUCACAGAGAAGCUCUGUUGAAAGGUGGGGUUGAUGGAGAGUAUCAAGAUGACAGUGUGGAUAUCCUGCGCUUCUUUACUGUGACCUGUUACUCUGGCUAUGGAGAUGAUGAAAAGGGUUUCUAUGCAGUGUAUCGUCAUGCCUUUGAAAUGAUUGCAAAAGAAGAAAUGGAGUAUGUGUCUGAGGAAGACUCUGAAGAAUUUCCAAGUUUUGGAGACUCUCAGAGUGACUAUGACACGGUAGUCCACUGCUUUUACGCUCACUGGCAGAGUUUUUGUACUCAGAAGAAUUUUGCAUGGAAGGAAGAGUAUGACACGCGGCAGGCAUCCAACCGCUGGGAGAAACGAGCGAUGGAGAAAGAGAACAAGAAAACCCGGGACAGAGCCAGGAAGGAAAGGAACGAGCUGGUCCGUGAACUGGUGGCCUUUAUCCGGAAGCGAGACAAGCGGGUUCAGGCCCACCGAAAGUUUGUGGAAGAACAGAAUGCGGCGAAGGCCAAGAAGGCGGAGGAGCUCCGCAGGCAGCAGAAACUCAAGCAAGCCAAGCUGGCUGAGCAAUACAAAGAACAGAGCUGGAUCAGAAUGUCGGAUCUCGAGCGAGAGCUGCAGCAGAUGGAAGCCCAGUACGAAAAGGAGUUUGGCGACGGGUCAGACAGUGAAGAGGAAAGAGAGUCCCAAGAGCAGAAAGAGGGGCAAGAAGACAAAUUAAGUGACGAGGCUGAUGAUGCUGAAUAUUACGAUGAUCUCUACUGCGCUGCUUGUGAUAAAUCCUUUAAGACUGAAAAAGCCAUGAAGAACCAUGAAAAAUCCAAAAAGCACCGAGAGAUGGUCGCCUUGUUACGGCAGCAGCUGGAGGAAGAGGAGGAAGAAUUUUCUCUCACUGCAGCUGAUGAGAAUGGAUUGGACACUAAAGAGGAGGAGGAAGAGGAAGAAAUGCCCAAGCAAAAGCUCUCAAAGAAGCAGAGAAAGAAACAAAAACCCAUGAUGGCCCAGGAAGUACCCUUUGAUGCUCAGAGCACAGGGGAUCAAGCUGAUGGGGCGAGUGAGGCCGGCGGUGCCAACCAGGAUAGUAUAGCUGAAGAAUCAGAGGAUGCCAGCAAAAGCCACAGCCCAGAUGACGCAAAUGCUGGAGAAAAUAAAGCUCCUGCCGACGAGCCAAAAACGGAGACGAAAACCAAUCCAAAACCUAAAGGAAAGAAAGCGAAAGAUACGAAAAAAACCUCUGCAAGAAGUUGUUCAGAACAUCAAACCGUGAGUGAAGCGUCUAUCCGGUGUGUCACCUGCCACUGCGAGUUCCAGUCGCGGAAUAAGCUGUUUGACCACUUGAAAGUGACGGGUCACGCCAAGGCAGUGCAGCCGCCAACUGCUAACGGAGCCGUGAGCAGCCGUGGCAAGAAAGAAAAACGUAAAAACAGAUAGGGCCCCCUGAAGGAGUUGGUGGGAGAGCCGAUUGGUCCGAUUGGCACGACCCUCAGAGGAACCUUGAUAGCCCCAAGAGAGACGAGAUUGGUCCCAGCUGCAUUCGCUGGGAUGGAAAAAUUCGUUGGUUUUCCUCAGCAACAAGGACUGCAGCAGAGGCUUUAAACAUGGAUUGUGCCUCUUAUUCACUUUGUGGGUUUUUUUUUUAAAUUGACCAUUAAUGGCUGUGUUGUACAUGGUCACUUCACUAAUUCUAAGCUUCUGAAACCCAUCCUUGCCCCCGCCCCAAGCCCAGGUACUCAUCAAGAGGUUCUU